AUAAACACAGUUGUCGCUCUCCAUAUUAUUUCCAACAACACUAGGAUGCAGUAAAAUUUGGGCUUAAUUGUUCACAAAAGGGGUUUUACUUUUCUAUUUAUGGUAUAUUUGUCAUACAGUUGUUCAAUAUUUUCCGAGAAACAAACAGUGCAAUGGCUCACCAAUGCGAAACACCGGGUUGCGGCAAGGAAGCCACUCUACAGUGUCCAACAUGCUUAAAAUUGCGUAUACCCGGCUCGUACUUUUGCUCACAGCCCUGCUUUAAAGGCUUCUGGAAAGAACACAAAGUGAUACAUGCUUUGGCUGAGGGUGUAGGCAAACCACAAGUGGAUAACUGUGAAGCGGGUUUCAAUCCUUGGCCUACUUAUCGUUUCACUGGUAAGUUGCGGCCAUAUCCACAAACUCCUAAACGUCAUGUGCCGGAGAGCAUCGAGCGAACCGAUUAUGCAGAUCAUCCCGCAGGACGUGCUGCCUCAGAGGAAGCGAUGCGUGGAAACACAUCUAUUAAAGUGUUGGAUGAUGAUGAAAUUGAGGCAAUGCGUGUGGCAGGUAGACUCGGUAGAGAAUGUUUAGAUGAAGCUGGCAAGGCUGUUGAUGUUGGUGUGACCACUGAUGAGUUAGAUCGCCUUGUACAUGAAGCGGCCAUUGAACGUGAUUGUUAUCCUUCACCAUUGAACUACUACAAUUUUCCCAAAUCUUGUUGUACUUCAGUAAAUGAAGUAAUUUGCCACGGGAUACCGGAUUUGCGCCCAUUACAAGACGGAGAUAUAUGCAAUAUCGAUGUGACUGUAUACCAUCAUGGUUUUCAUGGUGAUCUCAAUGAAACUUUCUUUGUGGGUAAUGUUUCGGAUAAGCACAAAAAGUUAGUUCGCAUAACUUAUGAAUCGCUUUGUAAAGCCAUAGAGUUGGUGAGGCCCGGUGUAAAAUAUCGUGAAAUCGGUAAUGUCAUACAAAAGCAUGUUGCGCCACAUGGCUUCAGUGUUGUUAAAAGCUACUGUGGACAUGGUAUACAUAGACUUUUCCACACCGCACCCAAUGUGCCUCACUAUGCCAAAAACUCGGCAGUUGGUGUCAUGAAAGCUGGACAUUGCUUUACAAUCGAGCCCAUGAUAUCUGAAGGUGUAUCGAAAAAUGAACAAUGGCCCGAUAAUUGGACUGCUGUGACCGGUGACGGUCUUUAUUCGGCACAAUUUGAACAAACCCUUUUGGUAACCGAUAAUGGUUGUGAAAUUCUAACACGUCGCCGGGAGAAUAAUGGUCAACCAUGGUUUAUGGACAAAUUGUAGAACACAUGUGGGAAAAAUUCAACCAGCCACAAUAUAUGCCAAUACUUAUCGAAUGCUGACACAAACAUACACUACCACCAAAAAGAACGCUCUGUUAAAGUGUGCCCGUUACGAGUACCAUUUUAUGCCCUUUUUUCAUUCGUUGAAAGUUUAUAAUUUUACAAACAGUAUGUUUUUACUUACAAUGUAAUGAUCAUUAUAUAUUAUAUUAAAUAAUCGUUGCUACAU